AUGGCAAUUGACUCCAUCCUGGACGGAUCUUCCUCCCCGAGAGACGACUCCGAGCCUUAUAUCAACGAUAUCGUGCUUGUGCGGAGCUCGAGAUCCCGGACGAGACACGAGUCGCGGAGGGGCCUUUAGCUGGGGAGUUGCAGUGGUAUGAUUGGAGUUGACGGGUGGGUUUCAACGAUGCAUUCUUUUUCUAUUUAUAUUGAUUUAUGUUUUUCGAGCCAUUUGGUAUGGCUUUUUGCUGUGAUAUCCCUGGUUAUUAUUCAUUAUUUGCUUUGUUGGUUAUUGUUGUGAUCAUUGCGGUUUGUGUUCUCGCUUUUCAUACCCAUUUUAUAUCCUUGUUGUUGGUUUUCUCCCUCCCUUUCUCUCUCCCCCCUUUCUCAUAUUUACACUACUAUACGCAUCUUGAUCUAACAUGGAAUGAUCAUCGGAAUGGGACGCCCUCUUCAUCUCGGGUUCUGCUUCGCAUGAUUUGACGUGUUUACUUGGAAACACUCUAGAAGUCUUUG